CAUGUCUUUCCUCAAAACUUAAAAGAUUUCUUAUUAAAUCUCAGAUUCAUCUAAAACGAAAUCCUCUCCAUAUGCACCGAACGAACUGCAUUUCAUAAUGGGACGACUUGAGCCCUUAACGUCCCUAGCACUAGGUAGAUCUCCUUACGAUGAAGUCGUUCCAGGGGAAGGAGAGCAAGAUCCUCAUGAGCCUGAAAAGCAAUACGACGGGACGGGUCGUAUUGUGAAUCUCCGAACAAAGAGGAUCAUUAAGGAUAUUAUUCGCGCCCACAAUGAGGUAAUGCUGGUCAUAGGAGUCGCCGAACCUGAGAAUAACGGCGUUAGCCCAGCCGACAUAGAAAUUACAAGGCAGUAUCACGAGUAUGAGAGUGACACAGGACGAACGCUAUAUCAAGCUGGUACAACUCUUGGUAUAUUAGGCACCUGGGGUGUUCUCAAUAUCCGACGACGUAUUCUGGUGUAUAAAAGACACGCAGAUGUCUCGUUCUUUCGUAUGAUACAGACGGAACGCAGUAACCAUUCCAUUCUACAGUUAUGCUUUGCAGGCUAUCCGUGCCACCUGGUCAUGCAUGGAUUGCGGUUGACUUCCAGGUACAUGAAGGCAUUUACGACCAGAGGCAAAAACCCUUGGCUUCAUGGCGCCAUCGAAUAUGUUCGAUUUCAUUUACACCUAUUCCUUACAAUGCAACGUUUGGAUUUGGUACCCGCAUCUCAGCUGCUUCCCGGCCCCAAGUUUUUCAUACCCUUCUCUAGCUCUUCUCCAUUAGUUGCACCACCUCCGCUUGAAUCAUUUAGCAUCUCGAGCGUCUCUAGGUGGGUCGGUCAGUUGAUUAUGGGCCUGGCACCUUACGCUACAUUUUAUGUUUGUGGUUUUCUUUGGCAGUCGGCAUGCGCUACAUGUAGGCUAUACAUACGAAGGCGUCUACCACGUCCUUUAAAUUUCCAUAUGAACAGUCGAGGUCCGGGUUCCACUAGCGCAACUCAGAGGCAAGCCGUUCCGGAAUCGCCGACUUUGGGAGCAGCUGAUAGGGAUGCUAGAUCUCAGAACUUAGAAGCUGAUGCUGCGACUUCGCUAGCUCUAGAUGUCCAAUCCAAUGGUGAAGCAGUUCCGGUCGGCUCAAUCAGGCGACAAAGCACAUUUUCAAGCCGGGGCGGGGAAGAUUACGGGACCGACGAAGAAGACUCUGAGAUGGUCAAUCCCACGCUGAUUAGCUUUGACGUGGAUACCAGCGAAUCUACGGAACCGCCUACUGGAGUCUGGUCAGCGGAGCUACGACCGAGUCUUCCAGGAGACUCUCGUCAACAGCCCAAAGAAACACCUCGCUAUAUCGUAAACCCCCUUACCAAGCUGCCUAGCUCAUUUGCAGCAGACAUACUUGCCAAUUUCAUUACAAACAUAUUUUUCCUGCCUAUUGAUAUAUAUGCAUUCCCGAUUGCUGCACGGGCGCUUGCACGUAGGAGAGGCCUCCCUUACGAGGGUAUGAAUAUUGGAGGCGGCGUGACUUGGAGUGGAAUCUUCAAUAUCCUACAGCUGGAUGUGAUCAAGCUGCUCAUCUCUGGCGAGGUUUGGGCUUUCACUACUAUAGUUUCGCAGUGGUUACAUGUUACCGAGGAAGAGUGGAAGGAAAUACGCAAGGAAGAAGACCAAGAAUGAGCAGACCUCCAUGUAGGGUUCACCUAGCGAAUCUGAGAUUCCCAUCUGCUACGCAUACAACUGGUACAUAACCAGCACCAAAUUCGGCAAUGAAUUCAAUGAUCAUUGAUGUUCUAACCGCGGCUAAGAUCAUGUUGUGGCGCCUGUACUAUAUGGGCGGUUAGAUAAGAACACGCAUUUUGUUGAUUAAGCGGUUGCCAUACCUAUAUUAUAAGGGGUAAGGCGGGAACUAGGUGCACUAUCGUCAUUCCGCACAUAAUUGUAUACGAUGUUUAUCC